AUGGGCAACGGAGCAAAGGCAGCGCAAAAGCGCGACAGGAACGCAAAGGAUGCGAAGAAGGGUCCUUCCUCACAACUGAAGACCAACGAGGCAGCUCAGAGCGUCAAAUGCAAGAUUUGCUUCCAGACUUUCCAGAGUACCACCAAGAAGCCCGCUCUUGAGACACAUGCGAAAGAUAGGCACACCAAGACCUACGAUGACUGCUUCGCUUAA